GUUGAAGUUCAAAGUUCAAACAUUACAGUAAAAAUAGGGUACUCGCUGGCUGGCUGCCUGUGUGUUCGCUGGGAAUAAUAAACACCUUGGUGGUCAUAGAACCAAUCGGUCGCCACAGCACCGAAUACCGGCGGAGGAAAUCGAAAAUGGCCCUCAGCUAAUCUUGCUCUGUUGUCGGCGGAUUUACAGGACGACGGCUAGCUGGGUUCUAACGUUAGCACGCUAGCUUGCCAGGAGCACAUAGCAACUGCUGCUAGCUAACGUCACUGAACUGGUACUCUUUACUCAAGGCUGCAGCUAUGUUCGUCCAGGAGGAGAAGAUAUUCGCCGGGAAAGUGUUGAAAAUACACAUCUGCACCAUGGACGGCACGGAGUGGUUGGAGGAGGUGACGGAAGACACCACUGUUGAGAAACUGAAGGAGAAGUGCUUGAAACAUUACGUGCAUGGAAGUCUAGAAGACCCCAAAACACUUACCCACCAUAAACUCAUACAUGCUGCUACAGAGAGAGUCCUCACUGACACUAAAACUGUCGCUGAUGAAAAUCUCAAAGAUAAAGAAGUGUUGCUGCUCAUAAAGAAAAGACCGCCACCGACCCCUCCAAAAAUGGCAGACGUUAGUUCAGAUGAAAAGAAGAAACAAGAUAACAAGGCUCCAGACAAAGAUGCAAUUCUAAAAGCCACCGGCAACCUGUCCACGCGCCACACUGACCGCACUGUGACCCAGCAUAACAUCAGAGAUUUUCAGACGGAGCUAAGAAAAAUCCUGGUUUCUCUCAUUGAAGUCGCCCAGAAGCUUCUUGCCUUGAACCCUGAUGCUGUUGAACUCUUUAAAAAGGCCAAUGCGAUGUUGGAUGAAGAUGAGGAGGAUCGGGUGGAUGAAACUGCCCUUCAGCAGCUCACUGAGAUGGGUUUCCCAGAGAGCAGAGCCAUCAAAGCUCUUAGACUGAACCACAUGUCAGUGACCCAGGCAAUGGAGUGGCUUAUCGAGCAUGUAGAUGACCCCUCUGUAGACGCACCAAUACCUGGCCUGGAGUCAUCUGGGGCAGCAGGAGCCACGGCUGCCGCCACACCAGGCCCCUCAACCUCAACCUCUGCCUCAACCUCUGCCUCUGCCUCUGCCUCUGCCUCUGCCUCUGCCUCUGCCUCUGCCUCAGCCUCUGCCUCCUCCGCCUCUGGUCCUAACCUUUUCCGCAGCCUCUCCAGCCAGUCGAGCACAGAGCACGACAUCAGCAGGCAGGACGAGCUCACAGAGAUCUUCAAGAGGAUCCGCAGGAAACGGGAGUUCAGACCGGACUCAAGAGCUGUCAUUGCAUUGAUGGAGAUGGGGUUUGAUGAAAAGGAGGUGGUUGAUGCUCUGAGGGUGAAUAACAACCAACAGGAUGCUGCAUGCGAGUGGCUGCUGGGAGACAGGAAACCUUCUCCAGAAGAUAUGGACAAAGGCAUCGACACCAACAGCCCGCUGUUCCAAGCCAUUCUGGAGAAUCCAGUGGUCCAAUUGGGUCUAACCAAUCCUAAGACUCUGCUAGCGUUUGAAGACAUGCUGGAGAAUCCUCUGAACAGCACCCAGUGGAUGAACGACCCUGAAACUGGCCCUGUCAUGCUCCAAAUAUCCAGAAUCUUCCAGACCCUCAACCGCACAUAGAGCCUCCUGGUGAACCCCUGUGUGACUGUGGCAGCUUGUGCGUGUGUUUGACCAUAUUGGGAUGUGUGUGCGUGUGUGUGUAUGGAUGUGUGUGUAUCUGAGUGUGGCAGAGACACAAGCAUUGUUUUUGCCUUGUAAAGACAAAGCUGGAGGAGUCAAAGUAUGAAUUAAGAUGUUCUACAUAUAACUAUUUAUAGCAGUGCAGUAAAAAAACACUUAUACAAAACAAACGUUAACAUAAAGAUUAUUAUUACAGUAAUAAUAAGAAAUGGAGAUUUAGUAUGUUGUUUUUACAUUUUAAUGAGAACAAUUUAUAGUUAUGACAGACAUGAUUUAUUUUAUAUAAUUUCUCCAUGUGCAAAAUGACAUCAGACAUCAAUUUAAUGUUUACACUUCAAAGAAAACUGUUUUUGUAUGUUUUGCAAUAUUUAAAUAUCAAUUACAGUUUUGUCUGUCUCUUUAAAUUGUUACAUUUCAUCAGUGGUGAAUGUGUGGAAGACUUCUGUCAUUAUCAUGUUUGGUUUUUCUUCCCCCUUUGUCUUGUUUUUUUAUCAAAAUAACUGCUUGCAAUUGAGAGGCUGGUGGUCAAAAUGGAGUGUUUGUUUAGCUAAUUGAAAAUGGGCUUUCAGACACAUUACCUCUCUCUCCAUUCAUGCCUGUGAGGUCACUGUAAGUCAACCGCCUCUCAGUUUAAAGAGGAGAGCAUUUGUCCUUGAGCGUCUUCAAGAAUAUUUAUUUGACUUUCUUGCCUUUUAGACGAAAGCUGUACACUAAACUUAGUCUUAGUCAUGUUUUUACAAGAAGAUUAUAUAUUAGGCCUGCGUGUUUAUUGUCAAUGUGCUCUUGAAUGUCAUAUUAUCAUGUUGCGCUCAUUUAGCACUUGUUCACCUCUAUGAAUAUUACUCACUGCAGCACUGAGGAAGGGUUCGUGUUUUGUCUCAAAAGCCUGUAAUGGGAUGUUAAAUGAAGCUGAGCCUAAUCAAAAGGAGUUUGCCUUUUUAACCUUUAAUUUGAAUGAUGAAGAUGCAUGCUCACUUCAUGCUGCGAAGGUGCAAGCAUCUUCAUACACACAAAGAAAUAAUAGAAGUUGAGACGCAACCAGUGUUGGUCUUUUGGUUUACUUUUGUUCUUCUGAGAGCAGUGAACAUUUAUGCUGUCAAACCAAACCAAAAUGUCACUAUAUAACCUGCCUUGUCAUUAGAUGUACCCAUUGAAAAAUACCCUGUAUUUCUGUGCAAUAGCAAGGACUUCUGUUGACCUGUAAAGAAAUAUAUUUGAUUUGAGUGUUAGAGAUGUGUGAACUGCAAUGGGUAGUGUGUUACACAAUAUUAGCCUUUGCAGAGUACUUAAAAUCUCCAGCUACAAGAAGGUGAGCUUAGCCUCACCUGGUUGUACCGAGAGUUAAAAACAGUAUGGAGGGUGGUGUGUUUUGCCAAGCUUUUGAGUGUUUUUAUUCAAUAUUUAAAAUGUGGUAUUGAUGUGACUUUCUGCUCAGGGAGGCUGAGAUUGUUUUUCUAAACCUGUCGUUAUGGCAAACCUCUGCUCACCCCCUUCUAGUUUGGCAUUUGAAAAUGGCUUUAACUAAUCUGUCUAGAACUUUGCUUAUGAAUAAGAGCACCACAAGACAUGGUUUUGUAAAUGCAAUAUUUGAAAAUAUUGAAAUGUUUUUAGAGAGAAGUGUCUGUUUGAACUAUGUAUUAUUACAUUAUUUAUAUCAAAGCCAAACUAGUAACUUGUUCUUAUUUAUAACAUUUUUAGCAAACCUCGAAGCUAAUCUACAAAUGUGAAAAAAUUAAAUGAUUCAAAUGUUGUUUUUACAAACCAUUAUAAUAUGUGCUUAUGGACUGGUAGGUCACAGUGUGAUUUAAAGUGGUGCAACAUGUUUGAAUGAAGGAGGAUUUCUACACUCGUCCGGAAGCCUCUGUACACCUUCUGCACUGCAGUGGACCUUCAUCAUGGCCACAGUGACCAGCUGUCUCACCACCUCCAUGCUUUGCAUCGGCAUGCAUACAAAACUGUCCUGUAAUAUCUUAAAGCAAGCAUUGGGAGAUUGUAUGUUUUAAAGAAAAAGGUCCACAGAAAAUGCAGACAUCUUUAAAAAAAACAAAAGGUCAACAGGAACAGAAAAGAACAAAAUGAACUUUAUUGCUUAGGGACACUGAAGAAUUGUUGGAGUCACAGGUUAUUGUUUUUCACUCAGCUUUCAUACAGGACUGUCCCAGAUUAACAACCUAUGCAAUAUACUCUCACAGUCUGUUCAUUCAAACAGCCUCAUGGUUACUGGCAUCUAAAUCACUAUUGCAUUAAAGUUAUUUUUUGUGGCUGUA